CCUCCUCUCUUCCUCUCUUCCAUUUCUCAAUCAUCUCUCUGCUCAAGAGUUUCAUUGCACGCCAUGGUUUCAAUCUGCAGUCUCCCUUCUUUCUUCCUUUCCAUAUCCUUCAUUUUUCUAUCGCCAUUCUCAAACUUUGUUGAUGCUCAAGCUCAAGAUUAUGAUCAUCCAACCGCCAUCCUUUCAACACUGUGGACGAAUAACGCAACAGCUCCUCCCUUCACCCAAUAUCGAGAUGGAUCAAUUGUACAGGCAAUUCUACUCUCACGCAAAGAAGCUUUUGCCUUUGCCUACGCCUGUGGCUUCUACUGUAAUGGUAACUGCAACUCUUACCUCCUUGCUGUUUUCAUUGUGCGACUUAACGGUAGUGGCUUAAUUGCUGAUUACAUCAUUCCACAAGUAGUGUGGUCUGCCAAUCGAAACAAGCCUGUAAAGAUUGGCGCGACGUUGGAGCUCACGUCUGAAGGCGACUUAGUGUUGAAAGAUGUUGAUGGUACGGUUGCUUGGUCUAUAAAAACCUCUGCAAAGUCUGUUGUAGGCUUGAACAUGACAGAUUUGGGGAACCUUGUGUUGUUUGAUAAGGACAAUGCGACUGUUUGGCAAUCUUUUGAUGAGCCAACUGACUCACUUGUCCUCGGACAGAAGUUGAGGCAUGGGCAAAGAUUGACGGCGAGUGUUUCCGAGACAAAUUGGACCGUUGAUGGUAUGAUUACGCUUUCCAUGAAUGGCAAUGUUUUUUUUGCUCAAGUGGAGACUAAUCCUCCUCAGAUUUAUUUCCAGCGCAAAUCAAGUUGGAAUAGUAUGGGGGUUUUUUUUGAAAACGGAAGCCUGACUUGGUUCUCAAAUUCUACCUAUUAUGGGACCUCGAUAUCAUUCCCUGAAGCAUCUUCUGCACAAUACAUGAAGCUGGGCUCGGAUGGGCAUUUGAGAGUGUAUGAUUAUAUUUGGUAUAAUGCGUGGAAUGAAGUGGCUGAUGUUUUCGCAAGUUAUGUCGAGGACUGUGCUUAUCCCACUGUGUGUGGGCGAUAUGGAAUCUGCUCCAAUAGGCAAUGUAGUUGUCCGGCUACGAGUGGGGGGACGAGUUAUUUCCAGCAAGUAGAUGUUAGGCAGCCUAAUUUUGGGUGUUCUAAGAAUGUUCCAUUGUCUUGUGGGGCUUCACAACAGCCAAGUUUUCUGGAGCUAAAAAAUAUCACGUAUUUCAGUUUCACACCAUAUCUCAAGGACAUAGAUUCUCUAAAUUGUAAAGAGGCUUGUGCAAAAAAUUGUUCCUGCAAAGCAGCUAUAUUCCGGUAUCAUUCUAAUCGCACUAACGGCACUUGUUACUUACCAACUCAAGUGUUUUCACUUAUGAAUAUUAGCGAGAAAACGUUUUCCUACAAUUCUACUGCUUACCUUAAAGUACAAAAUGCGGCCAAUGAAACUCCUUAUACUCCGGUUGACAAUCGUACUCCAGUUGACAAUCGUAUGAGCAACCGCCUCCCUGUAAUACUUGUUGGGUCCAUCCUCGUAGCUCUCAUUGCUGUGAUUUUUUUCAUCGUAGCCAUAAUUUUGUUUGUUCAAAAGAGAGACGAUAAUCAAGCGGAGGAGGAUUACCUUGAUCAAGUACCUGGAAUGCCCACUAGAUUCAUGUAUGACAAUCUGAAAACCAUCACAGAACAAUUUGGUAAAAAGCUUGGUGAAGGUGGUUUUGGUUCUAUUUUCGAAGGUACUCUAAGUGAUGGCACAAAAGUUGCAGUAAAACGCCUUGAUGGUUUUGGGCAGGUUAAGAAAUCCUUUAUGGCUGAAGUUGAGACUAUUGGUAGCAUCCAUCACGUGAACUUGGUAAGACUCGUGGGAUUCUGCGCUGAGAAAUCCCACAGGCUCCUUAUCUAUGAGUACAUGUUGAACAAGUCUCUAGAUAGAUGGAUCUUUCACAAAUCUAGCGAAUGUGUUCUCAACUGGCAACAAAGGAAGAAGAUCAUUCUCGAUAUAGCAAAAGGACUUAAUUAUCUUCAUGAAGAUUGUAGACAGAAGAUAGUUCACUUAGACAUUAAACCCCAAAAUAUCCUCUUGGAUGGAAAUUUCAAUGCUAAGGUUGCUGAUUUUGGAUUAUCCAAGUUGAUAGACAGGGACCAAAGCCAAGUCAUCACAACUAUGAGAGGAACUCCUGGUUAUUUGGCCCCCGAGUGGCUGAGUGCAGCAAUCACUGAAAAGGUUGAUGUGUACAGUUUUGGCGUGGUAAUCUUGGAGAUAGUGUGUGGGAGAAAAAUCUUGGAUCGCUCUCGAGAUGAAGAAGACAUGAAUUUACUGAGCCUUUUCAAGAGAAAGGCAGAAGAGGAACGAUUAUUGGAUAUUGUGGAUAAGUCUAGUGACAUGCAAUUGAAUGGACCGCAUGCCUUGAAUAUGAUGAGGAUUGCCGCAUGGUGCUUGCAAGGAGACUAUAAAAAGAGGCCUUCCAUGUCCAUGGUCAUCAAGGCAUUAGAGGGCAUCGUGGAAGUUCAAGAAAACUUGGAUUACAACUUCCAUGCUCAGCCUUCCACUAGUGGGGUAGUGACAGUCGGUAUGAUGGAUGUUGAAUUCAGUGCUACCACUGAAUUACUACCCUCAGUCCUAAGCGGUCCACGAUGA